AGCGUAACCAACCAAUAGGAGCGAUUUGUGUAGCAGCUGAGAAACAGCAGGGAAUAAAAAUGUCCGUACGUUUUGUGCAAUGAAGUGCUUACGACAGAAUCGCAUAUUUGAAUGACUUCAUUAAGUUCGGUGAUUGUUGGUGCUCAUGAGUAAUGAGGUCCGAACGCUAAGAAAAUUUCCCCAACUCUCCACUGUGGCUGAAAGUUGUGCGUGAAAUAAUUUCGUUUUAUAUAAAUCGUGUUCUAGUUUUUGCACGAAAGCUGGAACCAUUUAUUCAGUCAUUUAUUCAUUUCAUUCAUUAAUAUGCUUAGCAAGAGUCUGGGAAAGCGACUCGAUAUGUGGUUUACUGGUAAAAUAGAUUUAGCUACCCAGAAAAGUGCACUUUUCCAUGACUUGAUGGAAGAAUGCAGAUAUGUAGCACCUGGAGCCCGACUGUCCUACCAGCUGAGGACUCAUUUGGAGCGAUUCUGUCGAGAGGUUAGGAAGGAAAUAGCUUGUCGUGUGAAAGAUGGGUGUGCGCCGUUGUUUAUAGCUUGUAAACGAGGAAAUGUUGAAAUAGUUGAAUAUCUGAUCAAUGUCUGCAAUGUUGAUUUGGAGCAACGUGGACUGUAUGAAGUGCCAGAUGAUCACUCAGUGCAUUGUGUAACGCCAUUAUGGUGUGCCGCAGUGUCGGGAAAGCUUGCUGUUACUAAGUGUUUAGUGCAGCAUGGUGCAGAUGUGAAUUCAGUCUCAGACUCUGGUUCAAGCCCUGUUCGCAGUGCGUGUUUUAUGACUCACCUUGAUAUUGUGUCUUACUUAGUUGAGAACGGCGCAGAUAUUCUCCGUCCUAAUUAUAAUGGUGGUACAUGCCUCAUAAAUUCUGUUCAGAGUGUUCAGUUGUGUUUGUAUCUACUCCAACAUGGAGCCUUAGUAAACACGAGGGACAUUCAGAACAAGACAGCAUUACAUUAUGCUAUUCAAGAACAUCGGUUUGAGACAACGAAAUUGUUAUUGGAUCAUGGAGCAGAUCCGAAUGCACGUAGCCGAUACAAUGACGAUGCUCUGCUGACAGCAUGUUUGAAAGGAGCUACACAGAUCUUUGAUUAUCUCAUUGCUCGGGUGACAUACAGCCCAGAUCGUUUGGCAGAUGCCCAUGAGCUGAUGGGCUCAACGUUUUUGGAUGAACAUAAUGAUGCCACAACUGCAUUAAGACACUGGCGCAUGGCCACACAGCUUCGCCACACAUUUGGGCCACCAGAUGAACCCAUACCAAAAUUCCCAGUGAUGCCUCCCAGAGCAGCAUUUCAUAAUGCAGUGGAGUUUAGAACAAUGGAAGAUCUAAACAAUGUCGCUUUAGAUUUGGAUGCCAUGAGAAUUCAGAGUCUUUUGAUAUGUGAGCGAGUUCUUGGGCCUCAUCACAAGGACACACUCUUCAGAUUGAUGUACAGGGGAGCAGCUUAUGCAGAUGCCCUGCAGUACCAGCGGUGCAUUGAACUGUGGCUACGUGCUCUUGAGAUACGAGUUGAGAAAGAUACGAUUCUGUACAGUGACACGUGCUUCACUGCCCAAGCGCUGGUGCGCCUCUUUGUUGAUCUGAAUGAGAAGAAUUUGGAGAUACUGAAAAAUGGAAGAGAAGAAGGGAAGCCAAGAUUUGAAGAUGUUGCAGCCACGUUACAGCUGCUCGGCAAAGAACUGGCAACCAUGCGACAGCUUCUGGAGCUGCGGCCAGCGCAGAAACGGCAACAGGAAAGCUAUGAUCGCACGCUAAAGUGCAUUACACACUUGAUAUACAUGCUUGUGGAGACAGCACAGACUGACCAGCAGAAGGAGCAAAUGCGUGAAAUUGUGACUGCUAUCAUCAGAAGCAACCCUCGAUCUGCAUCCACUGGUGAUACGUUACUCCAUCUCUGUGUGUCACGUCUGAACACUAUCAAGAGUUCAUACUUCUCAGAUGAUAACCAGUUCAUCUUCCCAAACAUGGAUGUCAUUAAGUUACUUCUGGAGUGUGGGGCCCCAUUGAAUGCUCGCAAUGAAUCUCGCUGUACCCCUCUUCAUGUUGCAGCAAACCCAUACAACUUCUACAGUCCAUUAUUACAGCUGCUGCUAGAUCAUGGUGCCCACCUGGAUCAGCCAAACCGUGCCGGUGACUGUCCAGCGAUAUUUGUGGCGAUGAAUCCACUGAAUAAUGUCCAUCUGGUGAACUAUGUGACACUGCGAUGUCUGGCCGCCACUGCUGUCUGCAAGUAUAAGAUCCCAUAUGAAGGGCAGAUUCCUGCCACUUUGGAGACAUUUGUUAAGUUCCAUGAAGAGUAGAGAACUGUCUGUGUGGCCUGUUUUUGCAUUCUCACAAACAUGGACGGACAUCGGGGAAAUAAUGGAUGCCAUAUUCUUUAUCCUUUGAUGUUUGACAGCUGGAGACACCAAUUACAUUUACCCUCCAUGCGGAGCAGGGGUGUUCACAUAUUCUUAGUUAGCCAUGGUUUUACUUUAUAAGUAUAUUCUACCCUGCUUAAGGAGUGGUGUGUAGGGAUUCCACACAGAAUACAAGAAGUGCAGUUUUUUUUUUUUACAUUUUGAUUAAUUUGGCAUAUUCUGUUUAUUUUCAUUAUGUAAUUUAUGUGAGUCUCCCAUAGAACUGUCUGUGAUCUAUUGAUAUUAUAAACAUGGCAUUUAUUGUUAUCUUAGAUUGUGCUGUUCUCUGUAUGUUUUCUCCUGUAUUUAAUUGAAUUGGAAUAAAGACACUGACAAGUUU